GCAGAUUCCUCAGGUGGUUCAAUGGAAAGGAGGCUCACAAGUUUGGAAGAUGAUGUUGGAAGCAAGGGAAAGUAUUGAGCAGGAAAUCUAGCGGGUACCAAAGAUUGGAAGUUCAAACAUCUAGGUUGAUAAUUGGACUAAGUCAGGUGCUCUCAACUAUGUGGUUCCCCAGACCUGGCAUAUCAAUGAUCAUGCUGAAGAUGUUUCUGAGCUUAUUUCAAAUGGAAGAUGGGAUAUUAACAAACUCAUGCAGCUGUUUCCUAAAGAUAUAGUGCAGCAUAUAACACAUGAAAUUGAUAUUAAAUAUGCAUCAAAUGAAUGGGACAGAUCUUAGUAGAUGAUGACAAGUACAGGAAGGUUUACAGUAAGUAGUGCAUCGGAGCUGUUAAGACAAAAAGCUAAUGUAACAGUGCCAUUUCAGAAUAUGUGGAUUAAAGGUGUGCUUUAAAAUUUCAUUCUUCUUGUGGAGAUUGUGGAAGUUUAAAGUGUCAAUUGAUGAAGUGGUGGCAAGGAUUGGCAUUCCUAUAGUUUCAAAAUGUUGUUGCUGCUAUACUGCUCAAAAUGAGACUAUUAACCAUCUGUUUCUGUGUGGAGAUUUUGCUACCAAGGUAUGGAGAGUCUUUAAUGCAGGGGCUGGAUUGAGCAUGAAUUGUAUUCAGGUGAAACAUGCUAUUAGAAGUUGGUGGGAAGCAAAAUGCCAUUACAAAUUGAAGAUGAUAUACAAAGCAGUUCCUGCUUUCAUUGUAUGGCAAAUAUGGAAGUGGAGAAACAAUAAGCUACAUGUGGUAAUAUGAAUCUGAAUAGAGUGAUAUAUGAAAUACAUAUGAACAUUUACAUGUUAUGUAAAGUUCAGUUUCCUGGGCUGAAUAUUCCAUCUAGAUGGCAUCAGAUUACUCCGUUUUUUGAAGGGUAUAAGCCAACUGUUAUCUGCAAAGUUAUUAAAUGGAUGAGACCUGCAUCUGGAGUCUACAAGUGUAAUACUGAUGGAGCUGCUAACGGAAAUCCAGGACCAAGUUCUGCUGCAUUUUGCAUCAGAAAUGAAAAUGGUGAUUUGGUGUAUGCAGCUGCUAAAACUCUAGUUGAUAGCUCAAAUAUAGUUGUUGAGGCUAUUAGAAUGGGAUUGAUGUACUGUGUGGAUAAGCAACUCUUUCCAUUGACUAUAGAGACUGAUUCCAUGACCAUGAAGAUGAUUAUCAAUGUUGAAUGGAAGAUCCCUUGGAGCAUUUCAAUGUUGGUGGAUGAUAUCAAAAGGUACAGUUCAGUUUCAUAAUUUUCAGGAGCUACCAAGUCAAGCUAAGAAGAUUCUGAAUUUGGAAAAAAUAGGAAUAACUUGAGAGUAAGAACUAUACAAGACAAAGCACCAGAUUGAAGUCCACGAUUCCAGAAGUAUAAGCCAUUGCUAAGUAUAGAAUUUCAACAGAAUAUGAGCUAUUGCAGCAUAUGUAUUAGGGUGGUAUUAGUGUGCUUGUCAUGCUCAUUCCUUAAUAUAAAUGUUAUGAUGUUCAUGAUAUAUGUAGCAGAAUGUACUGGUUAUGGAUCAAGCAAGAUAGUGGCUUGGUUUUCAUGCAAAAGGUGAUAUAUACAGAAAUAUACAACUACUUUCAAGCUUGCCUGAAGAAUGAUUCAUAUGACUUGAUACUUUCCACCUGUGAGACUUUGAAGGUGUGAUAGAAGUUAUCAAGCCAAGGCUCUUGGAUUCUAGUUGAUGAAAAUCUGUUGAUGUCUACUUCUGCUGGCCAUAUUCCACUAGAUUUUCCUUUGUUUUCUGUUAUUUUCUUUAUUUGGAUCAAUCUUGUUGGAUUGAUCCUUAUUUUCUGUUCUUUGUUUUUAGCUGGAUUAAUCUCCUCUGGAUUGAUGUGUACAUAUUUUCUUUAUCAAUAAAAUUCCACCUUAAUGGUGGCCUUUACUCAAAAA